GACGUCGAGCGGGAAAAAGAGGCGCGUGAUUCGAAAGGCCCAAAAAUAAGGCAUAAGUUUGAAUUAUUCGCGGGCGAUAGUUUGUGUGCCACGAAAGUGAAUGCAUCGUGGCAUCUCCGGAUUCCAAAUCGGAGUCCCAUUCUGAUUCUGAUUCAUCGGCGGCCGGUCUUUGUUGGCGCGAAUGUGCACGGUAAAGGAUGUGGGCGUGUUCGCCCCCACAGCCUGAUAAAGUGAAGUGUCGCGGAGUGGCGCGCAGGAAUGCCCCCCGUAUUUCGAAAGUGUGCCGCGAAAUCCUGUGAGAUACGACUCCUUUAUAUAGACUUUCCAGCCUGGCUGCUGCGGUUGGCUUUGCCAAAUAAAGCAAAAAUAAGUUAAAACAUACGUUCUCUGCGGUCUGACUCGGUGAAAUAAAAACAAGAGUCCUGGCUGGGCCAGAGGCGGAGAAAGACAGUCACGUCCGCACUGCUACGACCCCCUGGCCGCGCAGGGAGAAAUGUGGUAUGCAAAUUCAACCGAGAAGACUUCAUAAAAGCAAUGCAAAUAAUUAAAUAACAGAGCGAGAACAAACAGCACGGAGCAGGACCAAAAUGACGUGCUACUCGAGCUGGCGAAACUUGGAUUAACUAGCUGCGAGGAAAUAAAUACGAAAUCCGAAAGCAAAUCCCAAACCAAUCCAAGUUCCGCCCAGGUGCGACAACCGACAGAUGCCCUCGCCCAAUAAAAUGCCCUGGCGGGAGGGGGAGCGCCCUGCAGGAGGAGUGAGGGGACGAGGGGCAACCUUCCUGGCCGGGAGGAGUCCGGGAAGUGCCAGCAUACUGUUGGCGUUUCUGGCAGCUGUCAGCUUUCGUGGCAUGCGAACGCCUCUGGCAGCCACGGCUACUCCGAUGGAGAACGCAUCGCUAAUUGCACCGCCGGCGACGGGGACAACCACAAUGGCGGUGGGCAUGGGAUCGACGGAAUCUCCUGUUCUGAUGCUGAGCGACGGUCAGCAGGAGGAGGAUGGCGACAGCACAGUGGUGGAUUCCUGGAGCGACAGACCCGACACUGCAACGCUAACAAAGGGCUUUUCGAUUCCCACGUACUUGCCGCCCUUCCCGGACUUUAUUCCCGCCGAUUUGCCGCACCUGCAGCGGAAUGCCUCAUCGAGAGCUGUGCUUCCUGCAGACAACAGCCCAUCCGGCAGUCCGACGCCAUCUAAGGCUUACGAGCAGUCCCGUCUGCACGCGUACGACAGCGAACAAAAGGCCCAGCAGCUGCGCCGCGAAAAGGAGCUGGCCAAGGAGCGGGAGCUCCUGCCACGUCGCCAGCUCAGUCUGCCUCCGCUGAACGCCACCGUCCAAGCUGGCCAUCAUGCCUAUCUGCCCUGCAAGCUCAACCAGCACUCCGGAAAACCGCUCUCUUGGGUUCGUUUGCGGGAUGAACAUAUCAUUGCGGUGGAUCACACAACCUUCAUCAACGAUGCCCGGUUUGCAUCGCUGCUCCAGUCGACCACCUCGACGACAACCGUAACAGGGGCUGCCGUUUCAGCAUCGGUGACCCCCUCGGUUGCCCCGGGAAACACCUCCACCUCUGCAGUGGGUCAAGAGAGGGGCAACGGCAGCAGUCUCAGCUGGACGCUGCAAAUCAAAUAUGUGAAGCUGGAGGACGCAGGCUGGUACGAGUGCCAGCUGGCAACGGAGCCCAAAAUGAGCGCCAAGGUGCAGCUGUUUGUGAUAACACCCAGGACCGAGCUAAUCGGCGAUCGACAGCGCUUUGUGAAGGCCGGGAGCAAGGUGGAACUGCACUGCAUCGUACGUGGCACCCUGGAGGCUCCCAAAUAUAUAUUCUGGUACCGAGGAGACCAACAAGUAACGGCCGAAAACGAGGCCAGCGGUGCCCAGAGCGGUUGGUACACGCAAAUCGACAGGAAUAUCUUCGGCAGCACCGAGCAUAAUCGGAACACGAUUGGUUCCCUGGUCAUUCCCCUGGUGCGCAAGAUUCACUCCGGCAACUACACAUGUGAGCCGGAAAACAGUGCGGCAGUCUCCAUGCAGUUGCAUGUCCUGAGCGGGGAGUACUCCGCCUCUGCCAUAAAGUCAACAGCUGCUGGCCUGCAUAGACUAGGCCAUGGCUACAGCAGUCUCCACCAGUGGCUGAUCUUCCUUCUGGUGGCCCUGAACAAGACAUGAGUUGUGCUGGUGGAAAUCCUAUAAUGGAGAGCGCUGGAAUUAUCAUCCGAUCGGGGUGUUUUGUCUAAGACAUAAGUUUAAUUAUAUGUUUUCUAGGUAAUUUGCACUUACACUAAACUCAAAAGACGACAUUGUUUAUUCCGCUGACACUUCUUAAGGUCUAAGCUCAACUUUCCGAAUAUAAACAGCAUUUUUAUACAAAUUCUAGA